CACUUCCGGUUGGGAGGUCAACAUACACACGUGAGAGCUGCAGAAGAGCAACAGAGGCUGGCAUCAGACUACAGCAGGGGUUUCUUCAGCAGACAGGAUGGACGGGAAAGUUAAGGAACAGAAGCGACAUACGCAGAAGCACAGCGGGCCGAAGGCAGAGAGGAAGAAGCUCAGGAAGCAGGGAGCGUUCACAGAGGAGGAUGGAAGAAAACGCAACCCCAAAGCUUUCGCCGUUCAGUCGGCUGUGCGAAUGGCCAAGACCUUCCACAGGGCCCAGGACAUAAAGGCCAAAAAACACCACAUUCCCCUGGUAGACCGGACCCCCCUGGAACCCCCCCCUGUGGUGAUUGUAGUAGUUGGGCCCCCUAAGGUGGGAAAGAGCACCCUGAUCCGCUGCCUGAUCAAAAACUUCACCCGACAGAAGCUCGGGGACAUAUGUGGACCUGUAACCAUUGUCUCUGGCAAGAAGCGUCGCCUCACUUUCAUGGAGUGUAACAAUAACAUUAAUACGAUGAUUGACCUUGCAAAAGUCGCCGACCUGGUGUUGAUGUUGAUUGAUGCCAGCUUCGGCUUUGAGAUGGAGACUUUUGAGUUCCUCAACAUCUGUCAGGUGCACGGCUUCCCUCGCAUCAUGGGCGUGCUGACUCACCUGGAUUCAUUCAAGAACAACAAGGCCCUGAGGAAGACCAAGAAAAACCUCAAACACAGAUUCUGGACUGAGGUCUAUCAGGGGGCCAAGCUGUUCUAUCUGUCGGGGAUGGUGUACGGUGAAUAUCAGACUCAGGAAGUGAAGAACCUCGGCCGCUUUAUCUCAGUGAUGAAGUUUCGUCCUCUGGUGUGGCAGACCUCUCACCCUUAUGUGCUGGUUGAUCGUAUGGAGGACUUAACUGACCCUGAGAGGGUGAGGACAGACCCCAAGUGUGACCGGACAGUGUCUCUCUAUGGCUACCUACGAGGGACACAUUUAAAAAACAAAGGCCAGGUCCAUAUCCCAGGUGUAGGUGACUUUCAGGUGGCAGAUGUGAACUUCCUGCCAGACCCGUGUGCCCUGCCAGAUGCUCAGAAGAAGAGAGCGCUGAAUGAGAAGGAGCGUUUGCUCUAUGCACCCAUGGCAGGCGUCGGGGGGGUCGUAUAUGACAAAGAUGCGGUGUAUAUUGACCUUCCUGCAAACCACGUCAAUCAACAGCAGGAGGAGGUGCGGCCCACAACAGAGCUGGUCCAGUCCCUCAUCGACACACAUAGCACCCUGGAUGCCAAGAUGGCUGCCAGUAAGGUGUCUCUGUUCAGUGGCUCUGCCACCCUGGAGCCCACGGACAUCAGCGAGCAGAGCGGAGAGAAGGAGGGCCCUCAGGAGGUGUGUGUGUGGGACCCUAACACCCAGAGAGAGAGGAGGAAGGUGGUCUUUGCUAAAGAGGAGGAGGAUGGCAGCAGCUCUAGUGAUGACGAGGACGGUGACAGUGAAGACAGCGACCAGGAGGAGCAGGAGGAGGAAGAAGACGAGGAUCCCCUGUCCACAUUUCUCAAACAGGCGAGAGCCGAAUCUGGCAGGACAGAUAAGACUGAAACAGACACUCCACCGGUGAAGAAACAGAAACUAGAGGGGAAGAAGGAAGACAGCGCGGAGGUGCCGGUGUUUGCUGACAGUGAAGACGACCUGGAGGUGAGCGAGGGGGAGAGUGAAGAAGACGGGGAGGCCCUGAGAGCAGGAGACUCUGGCCACUGUUCUGAGGAGGAUGAGGAGGAGAGUGAUGAUGAAGAGGAGGAAGACGAUGAAGAUGAAUUAGUGGAGGAGGAGGAGGAUGCAACUGAGGCAACAAUGAAGAAACAAACAGAGAGUGAAGAGGAGGAGGAGGAGCAGGGGGCUCUGAGGUGGAAGGAGGGUCUGCAGCAGAAAGCAUCAGAAGCGUUUCUACGGCAACAAGAAGCAGCCCCCAAUCUGAGAAAACUGGUUUAUGGUUCAGUUGUAGAGGCGCAGGAUUCUGAGGAUGAGGAUGAGGAGCUGGGAGGGCUGUUUCGAGUCAGCCGCCCUCAGAAGAGAAAAAAGUCUCAAGAAAAUGCUGCUGACUGCUCCCGUUUUAACCCUGACACCUCCCACAACUGGGACUUGGAGGAGAUGCUGAACUCCAUCAAGGACUGCUUUGUCACAGGGAAGUGGGAGGAGGACCAAGAUGCUGCCACACUGCUGAAGGAGGACGAGGAGCUGUAUGGUGACUUUGAGGAUUUGGAAACAGGAGAAGUCCACAAGGGCCAAACUGGUCAGCAGGAUCAGGCCGAGAACAGUGAGAAAGACGAAGACGACGAUGAAGAUGAAGAGGAAAGUGUGAUGAAGGUGGAUGACGAGGAGGUCCAGAAGAAAAAGCGUCUGGAGAAGAAGCAAAGGCUGAAGGAGCGAUUCAACGCAGAGUAUGACGACGGAGACGCCACUUACUUUGACGACCUGAAGGAGGAGAUGCAGAAGCAGGCGGAGCUGAACAGGGCAGAGUUUGAGGACGUGGAUGAUGAGACCAGAGUGCAGUACGAAGGCUUCCGACCAGGAAUGUACGUCAGAGUAGAAAUCUCCUCUUUGCCCUGCGAGUUUGUCACCAACUUUGACCCCCAUUAUCCCAUAAUCCUUGGUGGCCUGGGCUCCAGCGAGGGAAAUGUGGGAUACCUGCAGAUGCGACUAAAGAAACACCGCUGGCAUAACCGCAUCCUGAAGACACGAGACCCACUCAUCCUGUCGUUAGGCUGGAGGCGCUUCCAGACCAUCCCCCUUUAUCACAUUGAGGAUCACAACGGACGCCACCGCCUGCUCAAAUACACACCGCAGCACAUGCACUGUGGCGCCUCCAUCUGGGGUCCCAUCACACCACAGGGCACAGGCUUCCUGGCAGUGCAGUCAGUAGCAGGAACUAAAGCUAAUUUCCGUAUUGCAGCCACAGGAGUCAUUUUGGACCUGGAUAAGACUGUGACUGUAGUGAAGAAGCUCAAACUCAUAGGUUACCCCUACAAGAUCUUUAAGAACACCUGCUUUGUUAAGGGCAUGUUCAACACUGUGCUGGAGGUAGCCAAAUUUGAAGGCGCUGCAGUACGAACAGUAUCAGGGGUCAGAGGUCAGAUCAAGAAGGCGCUGUCUACACCGCCAGGAGCUUACAGAGCCACGUUUGAGGACCGCCUGCUCAUGAGUGACAUUGUGUUCCUGCGCUCCUGGUAUCCAGUGUCUGUUCCUCAGCUCUACAACCCCGUCACCUCUCUGCUGCUGCCCGUCGGUCAGAAGGACAACUGGGAAGGCAUGAGGACCCUGGGGCAGCUCAAACAUGACAUGGGCAUUCGCAACAAACCCAACACGGACUCUCUGUACAAGCCGGUGGUCCGAGCCCAGAGGCGCUUCAACCGCCUGCACAUCCCCAAGGAGUUGCAGAAGGCCCUGCCCUUCAAGAGCAAACCCAAACAGCAGCAAGCCAAAGGAAAGACGCCCCGAGAUCUGCAGAGGCCCAGUGUCAUCAGAGAGCCCCAUGAGAAGAAGGUGGCGGCCCUGCUACAAGCGCUGAGCACAGUCCACAACUACAAGAGGAAGAAAGCCCACAUGGUGCAGCAUGCCAAACACAAGGAGUUCCUGCAGCAGAAAGAGAAACAGGAGGAGGCGAAGCUGAAGAGACAGAAGGAGGCACGUAAAAAACUGUACCGUGUCAUGGGUCAGACGGACAAGAAGAAACACAGGUCCAGUCUGAAGGGGGCGCCCCAGGAUGACUAACUCGCUGACUGUGGAUUCAUGAGGAAAACUGCAGACUGAUGCUCGGUCUGCCCUUUGGACUCCUAGUAUGUGUCUCAUAACUUUGACAGAAUCAUUUUUAUUGUAUCUUUCUAGAUGUGUUGAUAUUGAUCAUCAGCUGUAAAGGAAAACUCGAUUUAAUUAAAAACACGUAUCUGUCUUUGGAAACUGUUGUUAUGCCAACGAAAUGAUGUAGCUGUAUACUGGAGUAUUGGAGCAGUUCUCUUGCUGCUGAUGGUUGCUUAUAUUAUAGCUGAUCUCACCAUGUCAUGGAGGUAUUAUGAAAUAUGACUAGUCAAGAGUAUUCAGAAUAUUAUGCUGAGGAUAUAACCAGAAUUUUAAAAAUCUGUUGUUGUGUAAGUAAGUGUAACUUAUAAACCCUUUGAAACCGUCUUUCAAAAACAUGGAACAGCGGUAAAGAACUUAACAAGAAAUUUGCAAUAAAAGAAA